AAGGGGCGACAGUUAGCUAGCAUCAACAUCGUGUAGUCCAGUGCUAGCUUACACACGGUGUUACCAUGAACCACUGGAAAGGAAUAGUGUGUAUGAGAGACUGGAGCUAUGGCCGAAAUAUCAUUUUCUUUCCAGUUAAACGUCGAACAAAUGGCUGUCGGUGUACGGAGGUAGCGGAGGCCCUUAGCCGGAGUCAGGCUACCGCUGCUGAACACGGUCCGGGCUCAGUUACGGCGGAGAAACCCCGCCUGAGAGCCUUCGACCUGGCCCGGAAGAUCCAGCAAGAGAAGACCCAGACUGGAACCAAGGAGUCAAAGCCUCCAGUGUCCGCUCAUCAGAAGAGGGUCAUGGACCUGAAGCGGUUCAGUCAGCAGCUCCAAAACGUUCACCCUAACGUGUUGGCCAAACACCUUCACAGAAGCAUCCUGUACCAGGACAAAGAUUACGUUAUCAUCAACAAACCCUACGGAGUCCCGCUCCGAGCUCUUUCAGGUGACACUGGUGUCACAUCCGUGACAUCAGUGCUUGAUGUUGUUGCUAAAAUUAUGGAUGGGAUGAAGAUGGCCUCUAAAUCCAAGCUGCUACCUUGCCUUGGACUGGAGAAGGAGACGUCAGGCACUCUUCUGCUGGCAAGGAGUGAAGUAGUAGCAGAGCAUGUGCUUGACCUCCGCAGAAAUAACAAAGUGCAGACAAAAUAUUGGGCGAUCACAGUCGGUGUACCUGUGCCGUCGGAAGGAGUGAUUGACAUUCCCAUCAUUGAAACGGCAGUCAAAGGCAUUCAGCCACAUCACAAGAUGGGCCUUAGCCCAAUUUACAAAAUGAACGAUGCAGGUGACGGUGAAAUUAGAGUCCGCAAGAAUCGACAAGCUCAUCCUGCAACAACCAAGUACAGAGUUUUGGAUAGCACCAGUGGGUGCAGCCUUGUGGAACUCCAGCCACUUACUGGAGUGAAGCACCAGAUGAGAGUCCAUAUGGCUUUUGCACUUUCAUGCCCUAUUUUGGGUGACCACAAGUAUUCCCACUGGAACAAGCUGGCCCCACAGAUAUUACCGGAGAAGGUGUUGAGAAAGCUUGGAGUGGAACAGAGCAAGACCCGUUACCUUCCUCUUCACUUGCACGCCCGCCAGUUAACAUUGCUGCAAGGCGAUGAAGCACAGAUCAGUGUGUCCUGUCCUUUGCCAAAGUACUUUAAACAAACAUUGAAACAAUGUUAUUUAACUAUACCUGAUGAAAAAUAGUUUUGUUUUGUUUUUUGGGCAAACUUGAAAUUUGCACCUGAAUAAAUCCAGUUGGUCAUCUGUUGCAAAUGUUAGA